AUGGUUCAGGCUCAUCAAGACCCGUCCCUAACAAUGCAGCAUGUUCCAUCCAAUCCACAUGGAACAGAAUGCCAGUCCUGCACCUCAGUACAAUCCCAGGCCCUCUUCCAUUCCCUUUCUGCACACAUGGCCUCCCUCACCCCCAAAAGGGAAUGGAUGAAACUCCCAUGCAUACAACCCAGAGCGUCAAUUGGCCCUCGGGUCUUGAAAGACGACUCCUGCAUCAUUUCUGCGCACACACUUGGAACACAAGAAACCAUUCACAUGCGCUUAUCACGAGAAUUACUCCAUCCUCACCCCUCCCAGGUUCUUACACAAUUUCGCCCUCCCUCUCGUUCCCAUGACAUCACCUCCCAUGCCAAUGCAGCAACACUUGCCCCACCUCCUUCACCAAUUGGUGCAAGCAGUCGAGGCAGAUGCCUCCGUCACUGUGCUGUCAACGCCCGUGUCCUGUCCUCCGCUGAUAUUGACCCAGUGGCACUGUCACAUGUCUAUAUUAUUAACUUAGAAUCUCUAAACAUUAGUAUAGUGAACUCAAUCAAUAUGCAGGAUAUAUUCCUAUGA